AUGCAGAGACAGGACCAACAGGAGGGAGCAAUGACUGUCCUUUCCGGUACAGUAACAGCUGAAAGUGAUACAAGACUCUAUCCACUCAUUUACAAAGUGAUAUAGUCAGACAGGUGGGAUUGAUGACAUUAUCCCAAUACAUGUAGAGUCCUCUCCUUGGAUUGCAGAAGUUCAUUUAUUUUUUAGUUUAAGAAACAUUUUUCCACAAUGAUAACAUCUCUCCCUAAAUAGAUGAGACAUCAGGAUGUGGAAAAUGUGAUCCUCUAACAUGAUGCAGUGUUGCAGGCGGAUUAACAGAUUAAUGUUGAUGCUUUUGUUCACUGUAUGUUCUCAUAGCCUGCUUCAAUUUCGUCCUCUGGAAACUUUGUGCGUCAUUAGGAUGUGGCUUUUUCAACGGAAUAUUCAUAAAACUUUAUUAUAUUUUAUAUAAUAUUUCUAUACUAAAUUUUGUUCAUUAUCUCUAAUUUUGGUUGUGUCCACAGCAUGAAACGCUCAUUUAAAUGUAGAGAUUUAUAGUCAAUUUCUCACCAUUCCAGAACAGUAUGAACAAAAAUGCUUAGUCUUAAAGAGACACUCCAGACACCAAAACAAUACAACGUAAUUGUUUCGUUUUUACAUGUGAAAGCGGCUUAGUCCAUUUAUUAAAUAUGAACGGGCAUCACUUUUUCAUUAGCGUAACAGAUGAGAUAUACAUAAUGUUAAAUACCAUUUUAGCGUAACUUGACUGUGUAAGACACUCUUAGUAUCAGACUUUUGCUUUCGGUCGUCUGAAUUCCGUAACUUGAAAGCACCAUAUGGACAUAUGAUGAGAAAAUUACACAGACAAUGGCCCAAUAGGUUUGUUUCAUUCAUUAUUCGGUGUUUUGUUUGGCAUGCCAAAAAAGAAAUGAUUGACUGUUUGGGGACAGCCACUAAAUCAAAUCAAUAAAUCAGGAAGCAGGUGGACUGAACACUUAAAACAUGCAACCAAACGCUCAAACUUGACCCGUAACCGAAUGUUCAAAAUUAUGAACAGUGACCGAAUGUGGACUGAAUCUGAAUGGUAAUAUUCAGUCAGAAUUCAGCUGACUUUAUUCCAACCAAAAUUAGCUUUGUUAAAAGCUCCUGCAUCCAAGCGAGCCACAUGCGACUGGAACACUCCUGCCAUCAAGCAGGACAUGUGCACUGACUAUUAUCAUCGGUCUCGAGGCUCAAAUAUGCUGUACGCAUAACAAGCACAUUCUUAAAGGGGAAAUGGGAGCCAGAAGUCUCUUCUAGCUCCUAUUGGUCCAUGUCAUUCCGCCCCACGCCCCCACAUUUAGAUUUUGUGGGUGCAUGCAUGAUGUGUAUUAAUCAAAUGCUACAUAAAUGUAUUUAAAUUGUCCUGGCCCUAUCUGCAGUGUCCUAUUGUGGUUUCUGUCCCCAAUACCCUUUAGUGCGUUUCUUGAUUCCUUGAGUAUUUUCUGGUAUUGACCUUGGCUUGUUACUGACCCUGUGUUUAUCUUUACCCCUUUCCUGUGUUGUUUGCUUGUUUGACUGAUUACUGACUCUGGCUAGUUCUCGUUUCCACUGUCUCUCUACUUUCUCUCUGUCUAACGUUAAGUCCGGCCAUCAGAAGGCCUGAUAAUUUCAAGAAAAAGAAAAAAAAAACAUUUUAAAUAAUCAAUUAUUGUUAUAAACUAAUUAAAGGACACUGUGGACACCACAAUCAUUUCCCAUAUUUAAGUGGUUAGGGUGUCUACAGGCGCUGGGUCCCACAUCAAUGUUAAACUUGUUAUUUACCAUUUAGCAAGGAUGCUUAGUCACUGACAGGCUGCAGCCAAGCCACCAAAAGCAACAUGGGGAAGGCAGAGUUAUGAUCCUCUUCAUGCAAUACCAAAGGUAGCGGGCAGUGACAGACUGAGAGCAUUAACUGAGCACAUUCAGCCUAUCAUGGCCAAAUAUUCUUGGGGCCAAAAAUCUGUCUUCACCCUAUCGUGUCUGGAGGCCAGGCUGAAUCCCACAGGGACAGAGCAACCUUGCUGAACAGUAUAAAAAACAUUUAACACUGAUCUAGCGUCCAUGGACUUAAGACAUCAUAAUCACUUAAAUUUGUUUAAAUUGUUAUGGUGUCUAAAGGUGCUCCUAUAAUAGGAAGUGUGGUCCCAAACAAGAAGCUGUAAUUAAUUGAUUUCAGUUCUGAAGCACAUGAUUGCCACCUUAGUACUGGGAGUUAUUUUCAUACACAGCCCAACAACAUGAAAAAUCUAUGUGUCCCACAGAAACAUGUCAAUCAGAUAAACUGAACAGCUAAAGCAUCGUUUAUUCACUAUAUUUAAAAUCACCAUGGUGAUAUCCUAAUGGGAUUUAGCCGGGCAGUAGCAUCACAUUUAACAUUUCCUUUGUAAAGAUACAUCAUUAUUCAGAGUGACAUACUUAAUAUUACUUAUGUAGAAUUUCAUUGUCGUUAAACAAUGCUGUUAUUUCAUUUCAGCAAAAUGCAAGAAUUUUUUCCAGUACAUUGGUGAUUAAUUAAAUCUCUUUCACCUCUUUGGAUCACUUUGAGAGCCCCAGGGAAAGGAGAGGUAGAAGAGGUGGAGGGUAUUAGGGAGAGCGACAUACGGAUGGGUGUGUCUGCGGAGCACACAUAUAAGUAUAUAUACACCUUCAUUCAACACUAAGGAAAAGCGCAGUCUGAAUAACUGAUGUUUAACCAUCAAUAAGGUAAGAUGUUUCAAGAAUACCAAAUUGGCAAGAGGGUACAAUAUAUAAAACCUGCUUCUAGUCUGGGCCUAGUAGGAUUGUGAAUGUAAACAUAGGAUAUGCACUACUUUUUGGUAUCAUGUAUUCUGUAGUUAUUGACCAAAAAUAAUACGCUAUUCUUUCAUUCCUGCUCAAAUUUGACUCUGAACUUGACAUUUUGAUGGAACCAAUUUUACAUUAAUUUCUUUUUCAGACCCCUACAAAUGUCUACUGACAGAUUUAGCAGGAUGUACAUACCUGGUAGCUUCAGAGUUCAGUGUUUAUACCACAAGCUGCAUUUAGCCAUUGCCCAAGUUUUGGGAACUGUAAAAUUUUCCAGCAGUAACUCCAUCUGCUCAUCUUAAGUAAACAAAUUGUUUGUUGAAUAUACAGGUAUUGUUUGCUUAUUGUGCGGUUAUUUGGUCUAAUAAUUCUAUUAAAGAAAACAUGUUAAACCUUCGGUGACAAGAAAGAGAAAACAAAAUAGCUUCUUGCAUUUUGUUUGCCUUGGGACUUAUAAAGCAUUUUGCUUCUCCAGAUUCCUUCACCAUGUCCAUUCUCUUGGGAUCAGUCUUCCUCUCCAUUGCCGUGAUGAUGUCAGAAACGCAGACACAUGAUGUCACCACUCCAGGAUGUUAUCUUCAUCGUAAGUGACCUUUUCCAUUUUUAAAAAUAAUUUCUUUAGAAAAAAUGAAUGCAUAUGUAUAUACAACAUAACACAAAGUAAUAUAAUUUGUCACACGGUCACAAAAGACAGCUCCAGGUCAUAAAAACAUAGAAUGUGAUGGCAGAUAAGAACCAUCUGGCCCAUCUAGUCUUCCCAAUUUUCCCUUAUACCUAUCCCACACAGGCUUAAACUCCUUCACUGUGUUAACCUCUACCACUUCAGCUGUAAGGCUAUUCCAUGCAUCCACUACCCUCUCAGUAAAGUAAUACUUCUUAAUAUUAUUUUAAAAUCUUUGACCCUCUAAUUUAAGACUAUGUCCUCUUGUUGUGGUAGUUUUCCUUCUUUUAGAUAUACUUUCCUCCCUUACUGUGUUGAUUCCCUUUAUGAAUUUAAAUGUUUCUAUCAUAUCUCCCCUGUUUCGUCUUUCCUCAAUGCUAUGCAUUUUAAGAUCUUUUAACCUUUUUCUGGUAAGUUUUACCCUGCAAUCCAUGAGCCAGUUUAGUAGCCCUUCUCUGAACUCUGUCCUACUGGAGAUACGAUCUCCAGUACUGUGUACAAUACUCCAAGUGAGGUAUCACCAGUGUUCUGUACAAUGGCAUGAGCACUUCCCUUUUCUACUGCUAAUACCUCUCACUAUACAACCAAGCAUUCUGAUAGCAUUUCCUGCUGCUCAUCUGGAAUAAUUACCCCUAAAUUCCUUUCCUCAAAUAUUCUGUACUCUGCCCUUGGGUUUUUACAUCCAAUGUGCAUUAUCUUGCACUUACCCAAUUAAAUGUCAGUUGCCACAACUCUGACCAUUUUUCUAGUUUACCUAAAUCAUUUGCCAUUUUGCUUAUCCCUCCUGGAACAUCAACUCUGUUACAAAGCUUAGUAUCAUCAGCAAAAAGACAUACCUUACCAUCAACACAUUCUGCAAUAUCACUAAUAAAAACAUUACAGAGAAUGGGUCCAAGUACAGAUCCCUGAGGUACCCCACUGGUAACUAGACCUUGCUUUGAGUCAGUCUCUGUGAUAUCAAUGCUACUUUACGGGCAGACAAUUAGUGCCCUGGUAUAAUAAUAUAAGUAUUGUUAGAAUAAUUGUUUUAGUUUAUAAAGGGAUAGGCAAAAUGUGUGAAAUACCAUUUUUAACUCAUUUCCUUUACUCUUUAGCAUUUAAUGUUACUAUAAGAAGUGAUCGCAAAGGAACGUGCAGAGGAACCCAAGUCAUUCACGCCUGCGUGGGCCACUGUGAGUCAAGUGCUUUCCCAUCCAAAUAUUCGGUGUUGGCGGCAAGUGGAUUUAAACAUAAUAUUACGUCAGUGUCACAGUGCUGCACUAUAAGCAAACUGCAGAAGGUAAGAGCUAUUGAAUAUAGAGAGUUGGGAUAUUAAAUCAGAACAUGGGGCUGGAUUCCGUUAGCAAAUUAUGGGCUUACUUUGCUAAGAAAAUCCAGCCCUUGCUGUAUAAUAAUAUAUUGAUUAUUUCAAUACAGGUGAGGUUAUUCACUAAACUAGAAAUCUGGUGAAUUGGCAAGGUGAUUUUAGGAUAACACGUCCAUGUUGCAAAAGAUGUUACGUUUUUUUGUUAGGCCUAAAAUUUUCAAUUUUACUGUCAGUUUUACACAAUUCCCCAUUUACUGCAAGAACUUCUAGGCAGGGGUAGGCAAACCUCGGCACUCCAGAUGUUAUCGACUACGUCUCUACUGAUGCUUUGUCCACAAUGUCUGGAGUGCUGAAGGUUGCUUGCACCUUUCAUUAGGGAAUAAACUAGACAUAUAGAAUGUUGUGGUAAUACUCUUCUUUGUUUAGCAGAAUAAGGUUAUGUUUCAGGUUCUUUGUAAAUUUGUUAAUGAUUGUGGUGAAAGACAGAGAUAUGAACCCAGGUACUUGGUGUACUACUCCUUCAGACAUUAGUGAGGAGUUCUACCAAAUUAAAAAACAUUUAUAACUUUACCCAGAAUAAUGUAAGAAACUCGUCUCAAACCCAUUUCUACCUUUCUCAAGGAGGUUGUUUAAAUUAGGUAUUAUUGAACAUUAAUGAGGAUGGGCUAAAUCUAUAACCUGGUAGCUAUGUACACCAGAGCUCCUUCAGUUCUUGAAUGGACUGCUCAAUAAGCUACAGUCUACAUACUGGUUCAGCCUAGAUAAUGAGAUACAUUUUUAUUAUUUUUGGCUAAUUAUUUUCUCCUUACAAAGUAAAGAGAUGAAUCAGUUCCUCCUACUAUCCGAGCAGAAGGGAAACUGAGCGUAUACCUGCUGCGUCACAGUGACAAUGACACAGAGAGGAGACAGUGCUUUGGGUUUGUCACCCCUGCUGCAGAGUGACAGUGACAACAAAGCUAUAAUUUUGAUUGCUAGAAUGAACCAUUGUAAAAAGCAAAAAUAAAUCAAAUAUAUUAUAACCCAUUGAGUGCCAGAGAAAGGAGCAGCGAAGUCACUCACACCUGAGAUGAGCAGGGCAAUGCAUAAUAGAGGAUCCAGAGCCCAGAAGAGAUUGCCUCUGCUUCCCCUGUUUUAAAUUAAUAUUUUCCUUUUCGCCUGGGUUCCCCAGAUGGUUAGCACCUACGACUCUCAUAGCCUUCUCCACCAGCCUUUGAUCAGGAAAAUUGUGGUUUAAUGAAUCACUUUAAAAAAGGCAACUUUAAAAAGUACACUUGAUAAAUAGGGCAGCACAAUAGGUUUGGAUUCUUGUGACCACGAAGUCAUUAACUGUUACCAAAAACUGCACAAGUUCUUAAAAAGAAUGCACAAGACACAGCAAUGUGCCACAUUAUGUAUGUUUAAAGCGGCUCUUUUCUUUCUCUAUUUAUUUUUGCACUUUGUUGAAGGUGAGGUUUUAAAUGUGAACAUUUACAACAGUUUAAUAACCAAAUUUGUGACGUGUGAAUUGUCACUUAAUAAAUUACUAUUAUAUGUUAAUCAAAUCCUACUCUCUUAUCUGGGAUUUAAACAUUACAGAGAUAGAAAGUCUACAGGCACUGACCCGCGGUUCCUUUAUAUACAGUGAUCUAUGGCAGCCCAGGUGUCCUAAUGCAGAGUAUCAACACCAAGAUUAAACAAUACUGUAUUUUAUCAUAACAUUUAUUUAAAAAAAAAAAAAAAAAAAGCUAAUUUCAGUGCAGGUUUUCAUGUUAUUGUCACCAAAACACCAAAUAUAUUCACCGCCUAUUUUGUGUGUAAAGCAGAUGUGAAGUACUUCUUUUACAAUCCACUUGAUAGAGAUAAACUCAACCACCUGGCUCUCCUGGCUUUAGACUACCCUUUUGUUGCUGUUUAUUCUGAACAAAGUAUUAGCAACAUUAAUAAUGCACAUCCAAAUGCAACCAGCUUUAACAAAUUAGUUCUUUUUCUAACUGUAAAUUAAACCGUCAUAGACAACAGUUUUACAACACUGAUAUAUGGGAGGGAAAGUUAAACCGUGUUUAAGAAAGGAUUUUGAAGGAUAAUACUUACAUUGGUGUAUAAGCAAGGUUAUUCAAUAAUUGACCUGUCAGGUAUUGACAAUGGAAUUGCAAUUUUUUUUUAAACCAAAAUGGACAAAUUAGAAAAUUCUCCAACUCAACUCUUUUAUCAGGUCACUAUUGUGGCCUAAAACUAUUGAAGGAAUAUGCAUCACUUCACAAUUAUUUAAACCAGCAACGAACACUUCUACACAAAUAUACAAACUCAAAUCCCUCUGUAUAUGAGUGACAUCCACAGUGUGUGCUACUCAGUAUAUUUCGGGAUUCACUGUGCAGAGCAGUGUGUCACUCAGUAUAUAGAGAGAUUCAAUGUGCAGAGCAGUGUGUUACAGUAUAUAGAGAGAUUCACUGUGCAGAGCAGUGUGUCACUCAGUAUAUAGAGAGAUUCACUCUGCAGAGUAGUGGGUCACUCAGUAUAUAGAGAGAUUCACUGUGCAGAGCAGUGUGUCACAGUAUGUAGAGAGAUUCACUGUGCAGAGCAGUGUGUCACUCAGUAUAUAGAGAGAUUCACUCUGCAGAGUAGUGGGUCACUCGGUAUAUAGAGAGAUUCACUGUGCAGAGUAGUGGGUCACUCAGUAUAUAGAGAGAUUCACUGUGCAGAGCAGUGUGUCACUCAGUAUAUAGAGAGAUUCACUGUGCAGAGCAGUGUGUCACUCAGUAUAUAGAGAGAUUCACUGUGCAGAGUAGUGGGUCACUCAGUAUAUAGAGAGAUUCACUGUGCAGAGUAGUGGGUCACUCAGUAUAUAGAGAGAUUCACUGUGCAGAGCAGUGGGUCACUCAGUAUAUAGAGAGAUUCACUGUGCAGAGCAGUGGUCACUCAGUAUAUAGAGAGAUUCACUGUGCAGAGCAGUGCGUCACUCAGUAUAUAGAGAGAUUCACUGUGCAGAGCAAUGUGUCACUCAGUAUAUAGAGAGAUUCACUGUGCAGAGUAGUGGGUCACUCAGUAUAUAAAGAGAUUCACUGUGCAGAGCAGUGCGUCACUCAGUAUAUAGAGAGAUUCACUGUGCAGAGUAGUGGGUCACUCAGUAUAUAGAGGGAUUCACUGUGCAGAGUAGUGGGUCACUCAGUAUAUAGAGAGAUUCACUGUGCAGAGCAGUGCGUCACUCGGUAUAUAGAGAGAUUCACUGUGCAGAGUAGUGGGUCACUCAUUAUAUAGAGAGAUUCACUGUGCAGAGCAGUGCGUCACUCAGUAUAUAGAGAGAUUCACUGUGCAGAGUAGUGUGUCACUCAGUAUAUAGAGGGAUUUACUGUGCAGAGUAGUGGGUCACUCAGUAUAUAGAGAGAUUCACUGUGCAGAGCAGUGCGUCACUCAGUAUAUAGAGAGAUUCACUGUGCAGAGCAGUUGGAGCAUUCUUUGUGUUGAGCUAUUUCAAUUGCUUUUGUUUGAUUUGUGUAAUGCAAACAUAUGAAAGUCUGUACAUUUUGACAACAUAUCUGAUUUUCAAUGGGAUUGAAUCAUUUUGAUUACAACUGUAUAUAUAUGUAUUACAUCUAAACAUUCCACAGUAGGCUUGCACUCAUGGGAGUGAGAAUCCACUUGCCUGGAUUCCAGCAACCAGCAGUACUUUACUUACAAAAAUCCCAAAGAUGGGUCUUAUCCUCCUAAAACUUAGUUUUUAUUUAAGAUCAACGUUUCAGUUUAAAAUCAUAAACUUUCAUCAUGACUACUCGUACAGUAGUCUGAUAAAGUCAGUGUUUACACAAAAACAUAUUUUCAGUCUUUUAGGGAUUAAGAACAAGUGGGAGGUAUUAAGUGGUCUACGUGCCUAGGAAUGCAUAUGCAUGUGUAUGAAUGUAUGCAUGAAUAUGUGGGACCAUGAGAAUGCAUUAUGUAUUGUUUGUUUAGGCACAUAUACAUAUAUAUGCUUAAAUGCAUGUAGAGAUAUGCUUGUGAUGAGAAUGCAUGUAUGAUACAGGGUUAUUUUCAAUUUUAAGGACAUAAUAGCCAAAUUAGAAAAAUUGUCACUUCUGCUUGGAGCUCAGCUCACUUUUGAUUCUCAACAAUUCUCAGCUUAGUGAAUAACACUACAAGAGAAUUUUUCCAGUUCGACUAUUUUGACAAUAAAAUUUUAAAUUCAGUUUGAACUUACAGGGUUAUCACUAAAGUGAGAAAUACCCGAACUGGAAAUAUUCUCUGAAAGGAUUAUUCACAAUAAUGUGAAUUCAAAGUGAAUUUCAAAGUUAAGAUCAAAAUACCUGAGCUGGAAAUAUUCUCCAUAUCAGUUAUGCUUUCAAUUCGGUUACUCUGGCCUUAAGUUUGAAACUCACCUUGAAUUCUCACUUUAGUAAAUAACUCUGUAAAUGUUUACAUCUAUGCAUUUAUUUGUGUGCAGAAUUAGAUUACAUCUGAGUGUUAAUGUUUGUUUGAAUGACCGUGAUCUCUUUGGAUUCUCUAUGAGCAAGGGUAUUUGUUGUAAUAUAUUACCAGAUCGAAAACACCAAGAAUGGGUUCUAAACUUUCAAAUAAAGACCUAUAUAGGCUUCUUCUGAGUGCUAAAUACCUGAUUUAAAGGUCUUUGAAAAAACUUAAUGAGCACUAGUGAUGUCCCGAACGGUUCGCCACGGACGGCGAACAUAUGCGCUGUUCGGUCCACCCCCUAUGUCAUCAUUGAGUAAACUUUGACCCUGUACCUCACAGUCAGCAGACACAUUCCAGCCAAUCAUCAGCAGUCCCUCCCUCCCACACCCUCCCACCUCCUGGACAGCAUCCAUUUUACAUUCAUUGUGAAGCUGCAUUCUUAGUGAGCUGUCCAGGAGGUGGGAGGGUCUGGGAGGGAGGGUCUGCUGCUGAUUGGCUGGAAUGUGUCUGCUGACUGUGAGAUACAGGGUCAAAGUUUACUCAAUGAUGACAUAGGGGGCGGACCGAACAGCGCAUAUGUUCGCCGUCCGUGGCGAACCGUUCGGCGAACUGUUCCGGACAUCACUAAUGAGCACCUUACUACAAAGAUACAUGGAAGGUUACACAAAUGGAUGAUUGGUGUUAGUCUGUUACUUUCAAGCUACAUCUCACAGUCAAGUCAGUAUAAUAAAAUUACUAUAAUUUAUUAUUAGACAAUUGUAGAAAACCUUUUAUAGAGCUGUCUUCCACUGACACUCAAACACAUUGUUAUUUGUCUUCUGUCCAGGUUAAGGUUCGAUUGCUCUGCGCUGGAUCUCGUUGGGAAGAGAUAGAAAUUGGCACUGCCAAAGCAUGCCAAUGUGAUAUGUGUCGUCUCUCAAGAUACUAACAUGAAGACGCUCUCAUGUUGUAUUACUAGCAGUGUCAGUGCUCCUGUUUGCCAUUUUCAGGUAUUUUAUAGUUUAGCUGAUGGGAGGCAGUAGAAGUCCAAACGUCUCUGUUACACAGAUGUACAAACCCAUAUACACACCAGCACAUGUAAACACUGAAUAAAAUAGACAUGCCAUUUACAACAUUAACAUUUACACUGCUAAACUAUGAAUGGAGCAACAAGUAAGAAUAUACAGUGUUAAAAAGGGAAUUGGAGGCACACCUGGAACAUGCAUUUCUCAGCAAUGGUGCUCUCUUGGUGACCAAAAUGUAUACAAAAUACAGAUUAAGGAACAGCGAAUACACAAAAAUACAGCUUUACAUUUUACAAGGCUCCUUAAAAUCACCUAUCUCAGUAAACAAAUAUGGGAAUUCAGUUUCACCAUAUGGCGAUAUCGUGUUAAGCCCACCACUAUGCCACAGUACCCCAAUAUCGCUGGAUCCUAUACUAAUUUUAAUGUGGGAGACAAAUUAAAUAG